CAUAAAGCAUUUCAGAAGAUGAAGGAGAUGCAAAUAUGAAAAUCUAAGAAGGUACAGUGCGCCGAUGAACUUGAGAAACCAAUGGCAGAAUCUGUGCGUUCAUGAUAUUGUACAAGCUUUCUAAAAUAUGGCCUCGGUCAAUUCUUUAGGUCUACAUCAACCUACAGGGCUUCAGUAUGCUAUUAAAGAAGGCUACUUGAUCGCGGAUGCUGCAAGUAGUUCAUACAAUUGGUACAAUGUUUGCGAUGGCGAUACAGGCUCAGAAGUCGACGAUGAAUUGCUAGUCACGCCAAGAUGUGUAAUAUGGUCGCGAGGAGGGGUUUUUCGAAAAAGCUACAAUUUUGACCUUGAAAAAGAACCAAUUACACAGGCAUUAUUGACCUCGUUUCCAAGUGUUGGCCCAUUACCAUCCAAGAAUGGAGCACCGAAGAAGCAACACACGGGCUCGAAUAUCAAAGAAAAGGCAAUUGUGGUGUUUUUAAAGACACAGGCGCAUGUUUACUUUCUCUCUGGAACCAGCCAUGUCAUACAUUUGCCGUUCGAGGUCGAGUCUGCCACCGCAGCACCUAUUGGCCUCAUUAUACAACGAAAACUACGCGCGGAAAUUAAUGUUGCAGCCUCUAUCAAGUUUCCACGGGUACCACCCAACUCAUUUGUCUCAUCCCAGCCUCAACUUUGGUCUGCGGCAAGCUCAAUUCAGUCAACCUUUUCUACCGCGGAUCUCGGUGCUCCUAUGCAGAUGCCAAGUCAAGUUUCUACCUUGAAGGAUUUGUGGGAACCCCCUGCUCAAAGUGAUGCGAACUGGCCGCGAUUAUUUUCCUUGUCAGAUCCAUUAUCAGAGAUGGGUUUAGUGGUGGCUCAGCCAGGCUUAUCUGACGGACGAGGAAAACGAAGAAGCUCCGGAAAGAUAUCAACGUUGGACCCUUCGGAGGAGAUUCUUCAUGUAUCCCGACCGAACGAAUUCUCUGCCAAGGACUCAGAAAAUCCUCUUGUAUUAGCCAUCACCUUGAACCGAGAAACUAGCAUGUACACAGUGUGGAGGUUAGCUUAUGUCGGGCAUGACACAAUAUCGAACGGGAAAUCUCGGGUUCCAAGUGGUGCAGCGUCGCGUCGGCGAAGCUCGUUCAUGCCGAGUGGAACAGGUGCCACGACGCCCGUGGGAAAUAGUCAGCAGACGUUCCGGGAAAGUUUUGGUGGAGCUGCUUCUGGUUUCAAGAAGCCUGCAUGGUCAGAGGAUAUGAAAAAAGAUAAGAAAAUUGAUUUUGUAUCUACACUUGAUCCAGACUACGAAAGUGGUAUUAUUCCUAGAAGAAGUUCUCGACGUGUGAGCUCAAUGCUAGCAAGAGCAGAUUUAUCCGCUUCACACGAACGAAAUGCUUUUUCUGAACUAGCAACUGGUCAUCAGCACAACACAGGUCGAGUUCGCGACUCCUUAGGAAGCCAGCAUACCCGAACGAGCAUUGGAUUGAAUGGACAGACUUUCUCUCAGGCCAGUCAGCUAAAUCAUAGCAUUAAUAGCCACCUUGAAGCACCAGUUGAUGAACUUCUGGAUCAACUUCGCGCCGGAGGUGAUUUUGGUGGCUUCAAUGAUAUGGGUCUUGAUGACGAAGAAUUUGACGCUCUUAGGCAGGAAAUUAUUCUUGCCAAAGUUUGUAGUGUCUCCGCCGAGCAUAGUAAUGUUAGGUAUUCAAGCCAACAUAUUCCGGCAAAGAGCCAGUGUAAAAUCUUUAUACUACCUGCACCAUCAUCGGCGGCAGAUGAUCUGCAAGGCAACUCGAUAGUCAUAUGCAUUUUAGAUUCCGAUGAGAAAAAGCUUCUUGUAAUGACUCUCGACAGUAAGGUACAUAGAAACGCCCCUUUCAACAACAAUGAGGUGUCUCCAAAUUCAGAGAAGGAAAUAACCUUGGUCAACUUGAAAGAAGUGAUGAGGGCGCCCGGUGUGAUUGAUGCUUGCAAGUUCGACGACGGCGAUAUAUCUCGUAUUUUAGUUUUGACUGAAACAGACGAUGGCUUUGGAGAGUUGAGCUUACAAGCUCCGUGGAGCAUUCUGAUGAAGGUAACUCUGCCUGCAAGUUUUGCCAUACAUAACAUUCGGAACUUGAGCCACAACCAAGAUCCUGGUAAGAAGAGGGAGGGGAGUUUCAAGAGAGUACUAAAUCAAGGACCUCGUGCUCUGAAAGGUCUGCGUAAUCCACAGCCUCGUGGGCUUGUUGACUUGGUCGAUGAUGAAGGUAAAAUGCAUCAAUUGCAAAUUGUCAUGCAGCCUCGCAGUCCUUAUGUGGCUAAAAUUCUUGAAGUAUGUACAAAGGUUUUACCGGGCGCAAGUGGAGGCGAAGGGAUGCUUGUUGCAUGGUGGAAUUCUAUGAGAUGGCUUCAACUCGAAUCUAUUGAUACUCCAGAUGCGGAGUGGACAUCUCUACUUAUUGUCCUAUUUUCAAUGGUCUUCAGUUUUGCUACUGGCAAACAAACUCAAAAGAAAGCUCAUGCUACAAGGAAACCACGCACAGCAUUUUUAAGGUCUAGUAGUGGCAGACAAGUAGACGUAGCCUGCUAUGAGACCAUGCUAAGUCAUUUAGCUCCAUAUGGAAAUCCUAUACCACCUUGGCUUAACAAUAGCGCGUGGAAAUGGCUAGUCAACGAACAAGAAGAUUCUGGUCCCUUUUCUUCUGCGACGGAGAGUUUUUGGUCAAAAAGCAAUGAUAAAGAAACGUUUAUAAAAAGGCAUGCGAAUCUUGCACGAACGUUUUUCUAUUCAAAAUUGGGCCAGGAGGCUGUCACAGGGUAUCUGCCGUCAGCAACCAAUAAGUCUCUCGAGAUUCGCCAAGCUGCUUUAAUUGACAUUCUUGCGGCCUUACAUUUAUUGCGCGAGGAAAGGAAACUUAACACAAUGACAGCCGAAUCGCUUAGUACUGGUGUGCCUGAUUUGACUCCAAUCCUAGCUCAAAUCUUCCGAUGGCUUAAGUGGGACAGCUGGAUAGAAUUUUAUGAAACAGAGGAAGCUUCAUUGGUUGAUGCAGUUUACGAUACUGGUAAGUCCUUCAAUUCCCUUGUCUAAAUGAAAAGUCGCUUAGCAGCUUCGUAGACUUUGUUCUCGCCUCUCGCAUUCCUGAACCUUUCGAAUGUCCAUCGAUUUACACAUGGAUUCAAAGUUGUUUACUAGCCCGAAGGUUGAUGCCAUUUCUAACACUUCAAGAUCUGGUAACGAUCAGAUCAGCCAUUCCUACCAGGGGUAUCCGAGACUUUGAGCGAUGGCGUAGCUCAACACCAAGAACUCUACAACUUGCCCAAUUCUUUUCGUGCAUGCAAGAUGGCUGGUCUUCUGUACAGGUUGUGGAAGCUCUAUCUGCCGCCGGCGUAGACAACCUCUUCCUUGAGACUUUGCCAGAGGCUAUACUUGCCCCGCUUCAAGAAGCAAUCGUUGAAUGUCAAAGAGAACCACCAACAACGUGGAAUAGGGAGCUACUUGCACUGGUGGGCCGUGAGGAUGUCAGCAUGCUGCUCAUGUCUGGCCGCUCAUCUCGGAAUUUCCAGCCAUCCUUAUUAGUGAGUACAAGAUCUUUUCAUAUUCACAAAAGCUAACAUGUACAGCCACCAUCACAUGAAUCAAAUCUAGACGUUCAUGCUAUCUGCGCAUCUACGACAGAGAUUGAGGCUACUGGAGCUUUUGAUGGCUCCGCUGAAGUAGACCGUCAAGCUAUUACACGAGCAAUAUUUAAGGACGACAGAAGAUUUAAUGAAGCAUCCAACAUCCUGAAUACUUUCAGAUCUACAAUUGCCCGUGUCAAAUCGGCAUCCGAUUGGACGGAAUCAGAAUUGUUAGAAGCUCAAAAGGAGCAUGCUCAAAUGCUAGCUUAUCGCACUUUGGCCAUUCCUUCUGGUAAAGGACUAUUAUAUUAUAGUGCCCGUAUUCCUCUCCUUACCCAAAGAUUUGCUAUUGGAGGGUUCAAUUUAAGCUGCGUCAUGAAGCCGAAUAACAAUACUAUCGGUGUAGACAAGAAUGCAUUCACCGAGGAAAAGGUGUGUUGGGCGUUCUUCCACGCAGGUGUGUCUGCUGGUCUCAGCAUUUCUCGAGAUGCAAAGGGAAUUGAUACAUCAUGGAUUCUUUACAACAAACCACAACAGGAUUUGAGUAAUCGUCAUGCCGGUUUCUUACUCGCCCUUGGUCUCAAUGGCCAUCUUAAGUCCGUAGCGAAAUGGGUCGCAUUCAGAUACUUGACCCCGAAGCAUACAAUGACUUCAAUUGGAUUACUUCUAGGAUUGGCUGCAUCUUAUAUAGGAACAAUGGACUCAUUAAUCACUCGACUAUUAUCAGUCCAUGUAACGCGAAUGCUCCCGUCUGGAGCAGCUGAGUUGAACCUUUCUCCACUUACACAAACCACUGGUAUUAUGGGUAUUGGUUUGUUAUAUUGUAACACUCAACAUCGUCGAAUGAGUGAGAUUAUGGUAUCUGAAAUGGAGCAUAUUGACCAAGAAGUCGAUGAAGAGCCUCUUAGGAAUGAAGGCUACCGCCUAGCAGCAGGCUUUGCCCUCGGAUUUAUUAAUCUCGGGAAGGGCUCUGACCUGAAAGGUCUUCAUGAUAUGCGGCUCACAGAGAGACUGAUCGCGUUGGCUGCAGGGAGUAAGAAAGUUGACCUUGUCCACAUCUUGGACAAAUCCACUGCUGCAGCAAUCAUUUCCGUUGCUCUCAUAUAUAUGAAAUCGGAGAAUCAGGUCUUGGCACGCAAGGUAGAUGUGCCAGAUUCCGUUCUUCAAUUUGAUUACGUUCGACCGGAUGCUUUUCUACUUCGAACGCUUGCUCGGCACUUGAUCAUGUGGAGUAAGAUAGAGCCUUCACAUAAAUGGAUUAAGAAGAGUCUACCUGCUCCCUAUAAGAGUCGAAGUUCGUUACAACAGAUCAAAGCUUUAACAUCUGCAGAUCUUCCCUUUUACGAUAUACUAACUGGGCUCUGUUUCAGUAUUGCUUUGAGAUUCGCCGGUUCCGCAAAUCUGACCGCCAGAGACAUACUCCUGCAUUAUUUAGAUGAAUUCAGACGAAUUUGUCAAAUUGAAGCAGACUCUUUUGAUAAAAAGUUGACAAGGAACACUGUUCGGAAUUGCCAAGAUUUACUGGCACUUGGCGCAGCUACUGUCAUGGCGGGCACAGGAGACAUUCCCUUGUUUCGUAGACUUCGUUCAAUGCAUGGUCGUGAUGAUAGUGAGACACCUUAUGGUAGUCAUCUCGCCGCUCAUUUAGCCAUUGGAGCUUUAUUCUUGGGUGGCGGAACAUUCACAUUCGGAACUUCAGAUAAAGCAAUUGCUGCACUGCUUGUGGCAUUCUAUCCGAUAUUUCCAUCUACUGUUCAAGAUAAUAAGUCUCACUUACAAGCCUUCCGUCACUUUUGGGUUUUAGCAGCGGAACCUAGAUGUCUCAUUACAAGAGAUAUUGAUACCGAUCAACCUGUUCCAAUACCUCUUCAAAUUACACUUCGUAAUGGAGAGGAGGAAGAACGUCAUACACCUUGUCUUAUUCCCGAAAUUAAUCAAAUUAAAACAGUUCGAACGUGCAGCCCUGAAUUCUGGAAUGUUGUUCUAGAUUUGGAGAGCAAUAAAGCACACGUUGAAGCAUUCAAAUCAACACAAACAUUAUACGUUCGUAAACGCCCAGCCCACGAUGCAAGCACCAAUGCAUUCAAAGCAACUCUUCAAGCUUUAGACGAAGCCGACCAGACGGCCAAUCAAGCUCUUCAAUGGCUGUUUGACCUCCCUGCUUUCUCAACUCUCACUAAAGCGGAAAGAGCAUUGGUACUACCGCCCGAUCAUGGUGGGCCAAGGGACAUUCAUGCAGGCAUGGAACAAACAUCAGUCGAUUCCAGGUUGGUUCUAGAACAUGCGACGCUGGAUAGUGGGAAUAAGGAUAGAUUAUUAGGAUUAAGGUUGUUGUUUGACUGGGCUGAUAAGGCAAUGGAUGAGGGAAGAGAAAUGAGGUGGAUUAGAAAAGAAGUGGUGCAGAGAUUAAGAGCGAGAGUAUGGGUUGAUGAGAUGGGGUAGAAAUUAUCUGUUGGUAGGAUGGAAUGAACGAAGUUAUGUGUUAUGAUGGAUGUGGGACUGACUUACAUGGUUCUGAAAAUGAAAGUCAAAAGUUUGGCGGCAUCGCUGGUGUCAUUCCAUAGAUUUGGGGCAUACAAAUACCAUGUUGUGGUUUUAGAAAUCUUUUAUAAUGAGAAAUAUUUUUGUUCAUAC